CUAACUGUCAAUAACUUCACCUCCCUUCAGAGCUCACCAGAGAAUAGGUGUGCGACUGUAGGGUUACGAUUCUCAAUUUCCAAAGUUCUUAUAUAAAAUAGUGCGGUUUUUAGAUAACUAUGGAGACCUACGAUGUAAUAGUUAAUCAACCUGUAGUUAUCGACAACGGGUCUGGUGUAAUUAAAGCAGGAUUUGCAGGCGAUCAGAUACCAAAAUGCAGAUUUCCAAACUAUAUCGGCAGACCGAAACAUGUUCGUGUCAUGGCUGGUGCUUUGGAAGGGGAUCUUUUCCUGGGGCCCGUAGCGGAGGAACAUCGCGGUCUUUUAUCUAUCCGUUAUCCGAUGGAACACGGAGUUGUCACAGAUUGGAACGACAUGGAAAGGAUCUGGUCUUAUGUAUAUAGUAAAGACCAAUUAACGACGUUCAGCGAAGAACAUCCAGUUUUGCUAACAGAAGCACCUCUUAAUCCAAGAAAAAAUAGAGAAAAGGCAGCGGAAAUAUUCUUUGAGACCUUCAACGUUCCAGCUUUAUUCGUCUCGAUGCAAGCUGUACUUAGUCUGUACGCCACGGGACGAACUACAGGAGUUGUUUUAGAUUCUGGGGACGGUGUCACGCAUGCAGUACCGAUUUACGAAGGCUUUGCUAUGCCUCAUAGCAUCAUGAGGAUCGAUAUAGCAGGACGCGAUGUCACGAGGCACCUCCGACUUCUUUUACGUAAAGAGGGUAUUAAUUUCAGAACUACCGCAGAAUUCGAGAUUGUUAGAACCAUUAAAGAAAGAGCGUGCUACCUCGCUAGCAAUCCUCAGAAAGAAGAAACAAUAGAUACAGAAAAAUUCCAGUAUACAUUACCCGAUGGGAGUUACUUGGAGAUCGGACCAGCGCGCUUUAGAGCUCCGGAAGUGCUCUUUAGACCAGAUCUAAUUGGAGAGGAAUGCGAAGGACUGCACGAAGUAUUGACGUAUUCCAUUCAGAAAUCUGAUUUAGAUUUAAGGAAAGUAUUAUUCCAAAAUAUCGUCCUGUCAGGAGGAUCAACUUUAUUCCGCGGAUUCGGCGAUAGAUUAUUAUCCGAGAUACGCAAACUGGCACCAAAAGAUGUAAAAAUUAGGAUAUCGGCUCCUCAAGAACGAUUGUACAGUACUUGGAUCGGGGGUUCCAUUUUGGCUUCUUUAGAUACUUUCAAGAAGAUGUGGGUUAGUAAAAAAGAAUACGAUGAAGAAGGUACAAGAGCGAUUCAUCGUAAAACGUUUUGAAUUUAAUUUAGAAAGAUUUAUAAUGUUACGUCAGAUAAUUUAAGUACAACACGUAAAUAAUGGCACACUCGGCACAAAAAUCAACGUGUACCGUGUAUACCGUGCUCUAUGAAUGCUUUUAAUAUCGCAAAUCUUUCGAACAAGGACGAACCUUUAAGUCUUAUUUAAAGUGCAAAUAUAUUCCAAGGGAUCGUCAAGUGCAUUCUUGAUUAAUUAAAAUGGGACGUAAUAUAUAUAUAUGUGUAAAAGAAGGCAGUGUAAUAUGACUUGAAUUUUUAUGAUUUUCUCUUUUUUUAUCUAUUUUAAUACGCCAAAUAUUUAUUUAAUUCUAGUUCGAAAAUAAAAUUUUCAUUAUAUUUUUAAAUGGAAUUUCUUCAUUAAGAUUCCUUGGAAGUGUAUAUAUACAAGUUUCCAAAGCUAGAGAACCUUUUUAACUUAUCAAAUGGAACAUUCUCGUAAAUAUCAUUACCGUAUAAGUUUCGCAUUCGUGUUCUUUUUAUACCGUUUAUAAUUUUAUUACAUUUAAUCCAGAAACUGACUUGUAUUUAAAUGAAAACGGAACGGGGCAAAAACAAAAGCAACUUGAAUUGAACGAGUUAAUGUUAUAGAGAGUAUAAUGUAAUUUCUAUCUAUAGUAACAAUUUUGCAAAGUAUUUUGUAAAUAUGUAUGCUUUGGUAAAAUAAAUCUAUAAACUCUUUACACAUA